AUGCUCUACUCCAUCAUCCUCCCGACUUACAAUGAGCGUGAAAAUCUUCCAAUCAUUUACUAUUUGAUUGACAAGACUUUCACAGAAGCAAAAUUGAAUUAUGAAGUUGUCAUUGUGGACGAUUCGUCUCCCGACAACACAUUGGAGGUGGCCAAGGCCAUACAGAAAUCCUAUGGGGAGAAGCACGUUACUAUUGUGUCUCGGGAGGGAAAGCUUGGUUUGGGUACCGCCUACAUUGCUGGAUUGAAGGUUGCCAAGGGAGAGAGAAUCGUACUCAUGGAUGCUGACCUAAGUCACCAUCCAAAAGAAAUUCCCAAAAUGAUCCAAGUUAUGGAUGAAACCAAAGUGGAAAUUGUGACAGGCACACGAUACGCCAAGGGAGGAGGUGUGUAUGGCUGGGACCUGAAGCGAAAGAUUACCUCCAAGGGAGCCAACUUCUUGGCUGAUUUUCUAUUGAACCCAGGUGUAUCAGAUUUGACUGGAUCAUUUCGAUUGUACGAACGAAAAGUCUUGGAAACCAUCCUUCCCGAGAUUAGGUGCAAAGGUUAUGCCUUUCAGAUGGAGAUUAUUGUGAGAUCGAAACACGCUGGCUUCAAGGUGGAGGAAGUUCCUAUAGUGUUUGUGGAUAGAAUCUAUGGUGAAUCGAAACUGGGUCUCAAUGAAAUUACACUAUUUAUCAAAGGACUGCUGCAGCUGUUUGUAACGUACUAA